AUGGUCAAACAAAAUGAUUCCAGAGUUACUGAGUUUGUCCUUGAGGGACUGACAGACAAAGCAGAACUCCAGCUGCCUCUCUUCUUUGUGUUCUUAGGUAUCUAUGGGAUCACUGUAGUAGGAAAUAUGGGUAUGAUCCUGCUAAUCACUUUCAAUUCCAAGUUUCAGUCUCCCAUGUAUUUUUUGCUUGGCAAUUUGUCAGUCAUAGAUCUCUUUUAUUCCUCAGUUGUUACCCCUAAACUCCUGGGAAACUUUGUAUGGGAGAAAAAUAUUAUUUCCUUCCCUGGAUGCAUGACACAACUUUUUUUCUUUUGUGUCUGUGCUACUGCUGAGUGCUAUAUACUAACUGCCAUGGCGUAUGAUAGAUAUGUAGCUAUAUGUAGUCCACUGCUCUACAAUGUCACUAUGUCCCAAAAGGUCUGCUACAUGCUGGUGACUGGUGUCUAUAUCAUGGGAGCUAUUACAGCUACGAUCCACACUAUUUUCAUGACGAAGCUUUUCUUCUGUGAGGACAAUGUCAUCCACCACUACUUCUGUGAUGUACUCCCUCUCCUAAAGCUCUCAUGCUCUAGUACUUCCAUCAAUGAGUUUCUGUUGGCACUUGUAGGUGGAUUUGAUGUGUCUGUAACAACUGUGGCCAUCCUAAUCUCUUAUGCUUUCAUACUGUGUAACAUUCUUCAGAUGUCCUCAGCUGAAGGCAAAUCCAAAGCCUUUAGUACCUGUGGCUCUCAUCUUAUAGCUGUUGGGGUUUUUUAUGGAUCCCUUAUAUUCAUGUAUUUUAAGCCCACAUCUAGCAGCAACCUGGCACAGGAGAAGGUGGCCUCUGUAUUCUACACCACAGUGAUCCCUAUGCUGAACCCUUUGAUCUACAGCCUGAGGAAUAAAGAUGUAAAGAAUGUACUGAGCAAAGUCUUGGAUAUAAGGUACGGGCCACCCCAGGUAGUAGUAGGAAACACUAAAGUGUUUUGGUAA